AUGCACUCCAAGGGAAUCUCUUUCGUGGCUUUGAGCUUGUUGGUGGCGCAGUUAGCCGUUGCAAGCCCGUGUAAACCGGUUCCCUCCCGUGCCAGCUCAAGUGUCUUGGCUACUACUACAGGGUUCAUAACAUCUAUCUCCACACCGUUCUCUACAGGCUCUGAGACGAUUGUCUUGGAAACAACGUCGACAGAGAGCGAGGCUAUCUCGGAGACAAAUGUCGCAAGUCCUGCUACAACCACUGCGAUUACCAUUGACACGGCCACUUCCGGCACCAAGACAUCUAUAGAGAUUGACGCUUCUUUAAGUGUGAUCGAAACAAGUACUCUCGCCACGGAGGCUACGACUGCGGCUGAGGGCAGUAGUUCUAUGGCUGAUGGCACCACGGCUAUUACUAUCUCCUCAACUACUGAAAGCGCGGACACCACCCAAACAACCAAGGUUGAGGAAACCACUGGAACUUCAACUGCCAUCGACACCACUGAAACUACCGCAAAGACAAAAACUGGGACUGAAAUUACGACUAGUGCAGUUGGUGCAACUACUACCUCAGCUGAAACAUCAUCUGCAUCGACAGAUGGCACAACAGUUGCCCCCAAGGAGAGCACGGUAUUAACAUCUGAGGAUGUUGAAACAACCAUGACUGAGGAUACAGCUUCGUCCGUCUCUGUGGAUAGCACAACGACCACUAACGGGGUUUCAACGACUACCGAUAGCACCACCUCUUCUGAAAGCAAGACAACAAUACAAGAUACUACUACCCUGGUCGAAAGUAGCGUUGUAACCUCUGAUGACAGCACCGCUACCAUUACAGCUUCAUCCGAAGUCACUACUACUACAAAGUCUGACGACGUCGCUAUAACUACUAGGAGUUCAUUGGAAUAUAGCACUACAGCGACUGAUGGGACUUCCCUCUCUGCCACGGCUUCAUCCGAAGACAGCAGUACGGCGACCAAGGAUAGCACAACUAUCAUGACUACUUCAUCAGAGGGUAGUAGUACAGAGACAUCUGGACUACGCACAACAACGCCCGAAGAAAGCACUGCCACUCUCACAACGUCAUCUGACGACACCACUACCGCCAUCGUUACUCCAUCAGAGGACAACACUGCAACAACUGGUGCAACAACUACUACAACUGGUGCUGCCGAGGGCAGCACUACGACUUCUGUAGAAAGUAUUACAACAGCCAAAGAAAGCAUAACAACAACUGAUGAGAUUACUACAACGGCUGAACAAAGUACGGCGGCCUCUACAGAGAGUAGCGCAACAGCUAAGGAGGGCACAACAACGAUUGAUGAGGUUACUACCACGACUGCAGUCACAACGACCCCAGCGGACACCACCACCACUAGCUGUCCUCCUCCAAGUACCGUCCUCGCAAACCCUACACCUCUAUUCCCCUCAGGAGAUUUUCACAGUGAUGAAUACGACACUAUUCAACUCCCUUUCCAAGUCGGCAUAUAUGACUCCUUCUCAGACACAUUAUAUGUCAGUGUGGGAGGCUGGUUAUCAGUCCUCGAAGCCCCAACGACCUACUACAAUGGCAAUUACGAGCUGCCCUUUUCGUACUACCCGCCGGUUUCCAUCUUCCCAUACUGGCUGGACAUGUAUACCAUAUCCGACAUUUGUAACACAGGCAUCUCAUACGAGGUUCUCGAGACUUCCAGGGGACAGACGCUGACUAUCGAGUACAACACGGUUCCUUACUAUGAUGCGUAUCUUGAGCCCGUUCAUUUCACGGUUAGCCUGUAUAAGGAUCAUCCGGGGUUGGUAAGGUUCGUGUACUAUAGCACUGACGCUGAUGAUGGUCCAACUGUUGGUUUGCAAGCUGGCGACUCUUACUCGCAGUAUUCAUAUGGUGUGAGGAUGCCAGAAAACUCUUACGUCGAGAUUGAUACCAGCAGUGGAGAUGCUUUCACGAGUAGUGGCCAGCUAUGA